UCGAUCCGUGUUGCAAGUGCAGUCGCGCUCGUCUUCGUAGCUUUUAAAUUUUGUCGAGUUUGUUAUAUUAAAACUGUUGUCUUUAUAGAAAAAAAAUAGUUGUUUAACUUUUAUUUAGUUGUAUUAUUUUUUGGUUAAACAUGGAAUCGCGCGGAGACGAAGAAAAUAACUAUAGCGACGUUAUUGAAAGUCUCAUGAACAUGUUCGGUAAUGUCUUGAGCAAAGAUGUGAUUUCGGCGGUUGUUGAGAGCUGUUCCGGUGAUCUGAAUCUAUCUGCGGACGCCAUAAUGGAUAUAACAGGCGACGGGAAUGUAAUUAACGUCCAAGACGAAGAACCUUCCGACAAUCAAAACCCAGCAGUAGCAACACAGCCAAGCCUUCCGUCAGUUUCUUAUUCUACAGCCGCUCAAGCUCCACAAAAUACCGGUGCCAUCCCUAAGAACACACAAUCCCAACAACAACAAAAACAUCCCGUAUGGAGUGAACAAGUCAGAAAUAUUUUAAGAAAUCACAAUGAGGGCAAUAGAAUUUUAAUUAUCAUGAGGGGUCUCCCUGGGAGCGGGAAAACUCAUUUAGCUAAGCAGUUGGUAAAUAUGAUGGUUGGCCCCAACAACAGCUACAAAGCCCACAUUUUCAGCACGGACGACUUCUUUAUGGUUAGGGGUCAAUACCAACACGAUAAAUACAGGUUGUCAGAAGCUCAUGAAUGGAACCAUAAUCGGGUUGCUGAAGCGACUAAGAUGGGAGUAAGUCCUGUUAUUGUCGACAACACGAACGUCGAGCUGUGGGAGAUGGAACCAUAUUUAAAAUUUGGAGUGCACAAUGGGUAUAUAAUUGAAGUGAUGGAACCGACCACGCCCUGGGCUAAAAAAAUAAAUCAAUUAGCUAAAAAGAACACCCACAACGUUCCCCUGGCUUCUCUGAAAAGAAUGUCUGAGAAUUAUUGUCUAAAUAUCACGGGUGCGAGUUUAAAGAAAGCCUAUGGGUUAUCGUAUCCUUCGAACAUGGUACCUCCUGUAAAGCGUAACAUGCCAUUGAUUACUUCGCCGGCAAACAAAUCUAAACCUGUAAGCAAGGAAUCUAGGAACUCGUCUCCAAUUGGUAAUGUUUCGAAUAUAGAGUCAGCCUCAUCACCGGUAUCAACAGAUGGCAAUCUGUCGCAACGAGAUGCGUGUAGCACAGCAAAUGAAGAACAAGAAAUUAAUAAAGAAGUGCCUACUGUCAAUGACUUGAUUGAAAUCGACGAAGAUCAAAGGCCUUCGGAAACAGACAGUCUUCGUGAAAAUACAGAUGGUGAUUUGUUAGCUGAAGAGCAAGAAAAGCGCAAGUUAUAUUUAGAGGCUCAGAGGAGAUUAGAGGAAAUUGAAAAAGUCGAAAAUGAAUGGGAAAAUGGUGAAGAAUGGGAUUCCGGCGAACAAGCCUCUGCUUCUGGAACGCGAAGAACAAUCAAAUCUAACGAAGCGAUUAAAACACCUGCUGCUUCGCAAAUUGCUUCCGUGUUUGAAGCUAAACCACAAAGGCAGUCCCUCAAUUCAUCACCUAGAAUUCAAAAUUACAGCCAAGAAUCACAGGACUCUAUGAUGCAGACAGUCAAUGAAUGCCAAGACUGGAGUAAAAUAUCGAUGUUUAUGCCACCGUGGACUGACACAGCCGCUCCAUCAUCUUCUAAUGCAAAUGAAAAACUUCCCAUCCAAACCAUGUCGAGCAGCACUUGCCUAGAAUAUGGCGAUACAGAUAUCAACGGUAAAUUUAAAGUGAUUAUUGCGACGCCUCGAAACAUCAAUGAAUUUCAUAUAUCUGUGAAUAUUGAGAAAAUCCCUGAAAAACGAAUGCUAGAUAAGAGCAGCAUGACUAAUGAAACUAUUAUAACUGAAUCUUUUCGUUGUGUCAAUGAAGAAAAGCAUUUUGUUGCUUUUAGAAAACUUUUUCCUAAUAUUGCUCGAUCCGAUUUGCGUGAUAUUUUCGAUAAAUGUUGCGGAGACGUCAAUUGGGCCGUUGAAAUCGUCCUAGAUGGAAUGAAUAAUAAGUUGCUAAGACAGGUUGACAAAGAGGAGUUAUCUGACGAAGAACUGGAAACCACGGAACAGUGCCAAUGCUUGGCUAAGUACAAUAUUAUUCCCAACACACAUACAACAGAUGUUCAAACAGCUAUUGCAGAAGAGAACACACAAAAAGAUGAAAAUAAUCCAGCAGCUGCCGUAGGACCAGUGCCGCAAAAGAAAAAACGUGAUGCUACUAUGUCAGAUGAAAAUAUUCAAAUUAAACGUCAGAUUGAACAAAACGUGGUGAUAUCGGAUGAUCAUUAUUCGAAACAUUGCCUCAUGAUAAGGAAACUGCGUCGUGGAGAACCCACUGAUAAAAAUAUAGAGGAACCUAGUACUUCAGACGAACCAGCUGAUGCUUCGAAUGUCGAGUCUAAUAAUGCUUCAAAUAUCGAUUCUAAUGAAACUGCUUCUGUCCCCGAUGACACUGAUGAUGAAAAUGAAUGUAACUUUGACAAUGGUGACAGACUUGUUACAGUGACACUGGGCUUUGAAUUCGUGGGAUCAUUAGAUGAAAUGUACGGUAGGACGGAUAUGGAAUAUCCAGAAAAUAUCUUGCCUCGUGUAACUCUUCCGAUAUCUGCCCUGAACGAGCUCAAUGCCUUGUGGAUGGAAUCAUUAAUGACACAGCUAGAUGAACAUGCUCGGAAGACGGCUGCCAUGGUACAACAAGAUGAAGAAUUUGCUAGACAAAUUGCUUUGAAAGAGGCGGAAAUGUCUCUUGCGGGGAAAGAACCCGAAGUCCCUGAUUUCAAAGAAAUUAUGGACAUGGAUCUGGCCCUUUCUACAUACCAAAAAGAUAUUGCAGAAUGGCGUAACAAUAUACCGACGAAUUUAGCUGCUAAGAUGACCAGAGAUAAACUUUUUAAUUUAUUCCCUGAUGUUGAAGAAGAUACACUCUCCGAACUAUUGAUGGCUCACGAUAAUAACUUUCAGGCAACUGUCGAGGUUUUGCUCUUGUCUACUGGCCGCGGUGAUGUCCUUGAAAAGAAGAACGGGGUGAAUAAAUUCGUUAUGCAAAAGGAACUUGAAAAGAAAGAUAAAAUACUUCGUAAAAAGAAGAAGGAAUUAUCUGAAGAGGAAUGGCCAUUGCUGUCCCGAACUCAUAAAGUUGAUAUGGCUACUGUUGAGUCCUACCGCGAAGAGGCCGACAAACAUCUGCAACGACGAAAUCAAAACUUCCAGAAAGCACAAGAUGCAAUGCGUCGCGGCAUGACUCAGGUCGCCAACUAUUAUUCAGAUAUCGCCAACUUCCACAAACAGAAAUAUGAACAGGCCAACGGUUUUGCUGUAGUUUCCUUGGUGCAAUUCCACGCUCUGACCAACCCUGAUUGCACUACCAUCGAUCUUCACUACUUGCGCGUCAAGGAAGCUAAGGAGAUGCUUGACAUAUUUAUUGACACUCACGUAUCAAAGUUGCGCGAAACUCCAAAGCGGCGUAGUGUCACCCUGUACUUCAUUACUGGACGUGGGACUCACAGCCAAGGACGCGCCCGGAUCAAGCCCGCGACGCUCAACCGCUUGAGGGAGCGUGGCCUUGGCUUUGUGCUACGCAAUCCUGGCCUGGUUUCUACUCGCAUCAACGCCGACACGAAGCUAACUUACCAGAUUCCAUAGGGUUUAAGAAAUCCAGACGCCGACGGACUAUUGAGCGUAACGCAUUACUUGUGUUACGCCCAAUAUGAAUGGCGUCUGUGCCCUGUCAGAGGGUAUGUGUGCUGUCUCAGUAGUGCCACUGUCUGGCCCGGGACUAUCCUGUACAACGGUUGGUCUCAGAAUGCUCUAUCGUCUAAUGAUAGUUAUCAGGCUGAGGCAAGUCAACUUGCUCUACAGAAUCUGCUGGCCGUUGCGGAAAGGACGUUGAACGCUCUGAGAUACCAAGGCGCAUCGCAGGUCCGCAUCCAAUAUCAGCGCAUGCUCCAAAACUUACUGCCGUUUAUCGGCACGCCCCAGAACCCUACAAUCAUUCAGGGAGCGAACCAAAACAUAUUCCAGUACCAUGGCAUGCCCUUGAGCGCUUUCCCUAUGUCUGGUCUGCCCCAAAAUGCCCUUCCUUUUACUCGUUUGUUUUGAAACCCGAUCUAACAUGGCCUGUAUUAAUCGUACAUAACUUUGACGAACUGUCCGACAUUGUUUUUUCCACAUAAAUUAUGUAAUCUUAUUGAAGUUCAAAGACGUGUAUCUUCUCUCCAAAAUGUCUCUAACCGAGGUUAGAAACAUUUUGAUCAUUGUAGUAACAAUAAAUGUGUAUUUUUGCGAUUCCUUAUGAAUCUUUUGGGCGUUAUAAUGGCCUAUAUAUAAUCAGUAGUGUUAUUAGUAGUGUAUCGUCGCUGUCUACUAUAUGAAUUCAAUAAAUGUUGUAGCAAUUGUUACAUAAUCAUCAUUAGGUAUACUCAUUUUAUAAACUUUGUCAUUUAGCGCAAGUACAACAGCUUUAGAAAUCUUUGUGGUUGUUACAAGUUGUCAUGUCAAGUUAUUACAAUAAGCCAAAACAGCUCGACACGUACCAAUGUACCACGGACCUAGAUUAAGUUGUAAAUGUUUGCUCAAAAACGCACUUUAGUUGGUAUUAAUAAGUAUUAUCGAAAAUUGUAACGAUCAUGUACAAUCAAGUUGAAAUUUUGUAUAUCGGCGCUUAGAACGUUAUGCUUAAGCUCAAACUUUUCAUACAUAGCAACACUUUGUACUCCGCUUUGGAAAUUACGUCAUAAUAUUUAAGAAACUGUAAUUGCUCUAUGUAAAGGAAUUUUCAUGGCCUCGUACGUCUAAUACAAUGAUAUCAAGCGCCUAUUUUGGCCUAAUUUGUUAUCGCUUUACCUCAAUAGAUACCAUUUCCUAAAAUUACGCUACAUACAAUGUAAUCCCAUUAUUUAUUAUAAAUAAUUUUAGAAUUAAAUUAUAAGUUUCUAUCUGUGAUUGUUACAGGGACUAACUUUAUAAUCUUUACGAAUUCUUCAACUACCCUCCAAUAGUUAUUUUUUUAAUUUGGUUUCGAAACUAUUUUAGUGGUUUAUGAACCGUCCAAAGACCAUUUAUGCUACGAAUGUACCCUUCCUCUAUAAAAGUUCAAAAAUGAUACCUCAACUAUAAAAUCUUAUUAAUGAUAAUUCCGGCUGUUACCUCAUAUCAAUUAGAACAUGUCUAUUCUCAUGUUGUAAGUCUUGAAGUCUAUAAUAUUAUUUGCUUUGAGCUGUAAACUAUUAUCUCUGACCUUCUUUAUCUCCUACUUAGCCAUUUGUUUGCCAAACAUGCCCAAUUUUUUUUAGUCUCUUGAACGUGUUAAGCGUGUAAUAUUUGGUUGUUUGGAUCAAUAGGAUUCUUAGUCUAAAUGUCAUAGAUUACACUGCAAUAUUGAACCUCAGUAAUUCUCAAGUGCAAUAUAUAUUUCUUAUGAAUCGUAAUGUACAAUGUGUGGUAAAGAGCACCUGAUUUCAUUUGUACUAUCAUAAAACAAACUUCGCCGCCUUAACAAAACCAAGUUAAUUAAGAUCCUUAGAAGAAAUACGUUUAUGCUAUUUAUUAUUUUUAUUCUAUGCGAAUCUCAUAUACUUGUGAAAAGUUUCCUAACCACGCGUAUAUGAGAUCUCAAUUAGUUCUAAAAUCUUGACCAAGCAUGCAAGAGUAUAUAUUUUCGUGGUGUUAUUGAAUAUCGGCUUUUUGGCCUAACCCACAAAUAUUUAUCUCUCAAAUUAUCUAUCCUUAUAUAAAUAGCAUUGGGAUAUACAGGUGUGUCUUUUUACAGUAGAUUGACAAUUGACACUUGUCGGCUACUAUUUUAUGGCAGUUGAAAAUGCCAUUAUUAAAUGAACAAACAUAUUUAUGUAGUAGUGUUUCGAUGUUGUCACUCUAAUUAUAAUAUUCCAUGGCGUAUGCCUAUUUUUUAACUUUUCGUCCUUGUACGGACAAGUAGUAUUUUGAUGUAACUAUAGGAUUAAGGAUCAUCCGAACUUAUUUGUGUUCACACGGCGCUGAUCGAAAACGAUCAGCCAUCUUGAUUUUUUUCGCUGUGUCGUCAAAUUUCUGAGCCUUAUCAUAAAAGGGGGAUUGAUACAAAUAAGUUCGGAAUAUCCAGAUAAGCAAUUGUAGGUUUUAUUGACAUUGAGGUAGUUUGCACUUGGUAGUCAGAUUGCGUAGGGAGUGAUUCGAUGCUUGGAAAAAAUUUUAAGGGCUAAAUUCCCAAAACAAGAAAACGAUGUGUCGACAUCGAAUCAGGCUUGACGUUUUCAAACGAACGACAUGAUCUGUCAAAUGUAGUUCAAUUUUCUGCCGCAUGUCAUGAUUUAAGAGUAAGAAUGAAGUGCUUGUUUUAUCGAGCUUAUCCAGUUGCCAUCUGCCUCUUGUCCUAGUAAUAAGUUACUAUUGUAAUCCCACCUCUUAGUCUGUUGUGACAAUCUAGAUACUACACGUCUCUGUAUGGACGAUAGUUCAUAAGAAUUUUCGAUUAAGAUACCGCACACCUAAGUAGUGAUGCUUAAGAAUCGUUUGUGCGCUGUGUUUGAUUUAAAUGACGCUGAAGAAAGCUUUGCUGACUGAGAGCGAUGGUUGAAAGACUUGAUAAGUGGGUAGUGCUCAGAAAUUUCUCGGCGGUCCGUUCUUCAAACAUUUGUAAUCUCACACAGUGCACGAAGACGUUAGGAUAAUACGUGUAUUAAUGUUGUAGAAUUUUUCUGAGUUAACUAUUGUAAUAAGUUAAAUUAAGUUACCGUAAUUGUUUUAAUAUUAUGGUUUUAUUGUGUUUCAUUCGCAGUCUUAAAAAGGAGCCAAAGUGUUUUCUUUAAUACCAAAGACUAUAUAUAGAAAACAUGGUUGCGAAUGGUAGUUAUUCGACCUUAGUCGAAGUAAAACCGUAAUACAAUUAUCAAAUAUUGUACUGUUCGUAAUGAAGAUUGACGUUGGUGCUGAGGAAUUGUAAUUGUGUGAUAAUUAUACACAUAGAGUGUAAGUUGAAAGUACUGUUGCUUUUAAAAUGCGAAAGCUUUGAGAUUGAAAAUUUCAACAUUAAGAAUGACAGCUUUUUUGCUUAAAGUGCCAUGUAACACGGCUACCAGAGUAUAUUGCUGUUUUUUUUUUUCAUCAAAAUGCAACUUAUAUCAAGUAAAUCGAAAAGUGUUAUAAAAUAAAACUACUCGGAAACGAAUCAGUCAUAUAGAUUAAAACCAGCAAUAUACAUCUGCAUGUAGUCAUUUUCGUUGAACGCUAAACUUAAAUGUAAAAUGCUAACAAUCGCCUGAAACUUAGGGUGCUAAAUUUAAGGUGUUAUUUUUAUUUGCAAUUCAAUUGUACAUCUAAAUUAAAUAUAAGCUGUAGGUACUGACGUUAUAGCGUCGUAACUACUUUUUGAUAUCAAUUUAUCAAAGUACAGGGAAAUUUUACACUUGUAUAAAAACUUGGUUCUCUGAGGCCUCGUUUUAAUGUUUGAUAGGAAAAGAAGGAUUGAAGAUGGAUUUGAAUUGCGUGUAGCUAAGUUGCACUACUUGCUGAAAUCAUUGUUAACUAUAUAUAAAAGACAAGAUCUCAAGACAAGUUAGAAUGAAUAUUUAUAACAAGUUUUUCUUUGGUUUUGGUUGAUGUAUAAAUUUUUAUGAUAUUGUUUUUAUGCUUUACGGAUAAGGUACUAUGGAUCAGUUAUUUUUGUUAGAAGUUUUAGUUUUUGAUGCCAUUUAAAUGAACAAUUAUGAUGUAAUCUGUGUUAGUAUGUAAGUCACUCUUUAUGUGUAUUUGUGAAGUGUCAAUUAAAAGACAAAUAAACUGUUACUAAGUGUCUAA